AGUUCGCGCAGUAACAAAUGGAGAGUGCACCGCGCCCCCUCCCACCCCGGCCGCCAUUUCCUCUCUCCUCCUAACGGCUCGGGCCAAUCCCGGCUCACCUAGCGCCCGGCCGCGGCUCCGCCAAUCCGAGCGCCACCAUCCCCGCCCCGGCCCGAGCGAUCACCAAUCGGCGGCGGGCGCUCCGUCCGCUGGCCCGCCCCCUCGUCCCCGGAGCCCCCCUCCUCCCUCUUUGUGCGUCUCGCGCCGCCCGCCCGCCGUCGUCGCCGCCGCGCCCGCCGCGUGAGAGGAAGGAGCUCGCGCUCGCUCCGCGGUGCGGUCCGGUCCGCUCGGAGUAGGCUCGCCGCCCGCGCCGCGGCCCCGCGAAGGUUCGCGAAGCCCAAGUCGCCGCCCCGGAGCCGCCCUCACCGCCGGUCCCCAGGGGCGCCAUGGCGACCGGAGCGAACGCCACGCCGCUGGAUUUCCCAAAUAAGAAGCGGAAGAGGAGCCGAUGGAACCAGGAUACGAUGGAACAGAAGACGGUGAUUCCGGGAAUGCCCACGGUCAUCCCCCCUGGACUUACUCGGGAGCAAGAAAGAGCUUAUAUAGUGCAACUGCAGAUAGAAGACCUGACUCGCAAACUGCGCACAGGAGACCUGGGCAUCCCCCCUAACCCUGAGGACAGGUCCCCUUCCCCUGAGCCCAUUUACAAUAGCGAGGGGAAGCGGCUCAACACGAGGGAAUUUCGGACCCGGAAGAAGCUGGAGGAAGAAAGACACAACCUCAUCACUGAGAUGGUGGCGCUCAACCCCGACUUCAAACCACCUGCAGAUUACAAACCUCCAGCAACCCGGGUAAGCGACAAGGUAAUGAUACCGCAAGAUGAGUAUCCAGAAAUCAACUUCGUGGGACUUCUCAUUGGUCCCAGGGGCAACACUUUGAAGAAUAUCGAGAAAGAGUGCAAUGCCAAGAUUAUGAUCCGGGGAAAAGGGUCUGUGAAGGAAGGCAAGGUGGGGCGCAAGGAUGGGCAGAUGCUGCCAGGGGAAGACGAGCCUCUCCAUGCCCUAGUUACUGCCAACACCAUGGAGAAUGUCAAAAAGGCAGUAGAGCAGAUCCGGAACAUUCUGAAACAGGGCAUUGAAACGCCAGAGGACCAGAAUGACCUACGGAAGAUGCAGCUUCGAGAGUUAGCCCGCUUGAAUGGGACUCUCCGGGAGGAUGACAACAGGAUUUUAAGACCAUGGCAGAGUUCAGAGACCCGAAGCAUCACAAAUACCACCGUCUGCACCAAGUGUGGAGGGGCCGGCCACAUCGCUUCUGACUGCAAAUUCCAAAGGCCUGGCGACCCACAGUCAGCACAGGACAAAGCCCGCAUGGAUAAAGAAUACCUGUCCCUCAUGGCAGAGUUGGGUGAAGCUCCUGUCCCAGCUUCUGCUGGCUCUGCCUCUGGGCCUGCCACCACACCCCUGGCCAGCGCUCCUCGACCUGCUGCCCCUGCCAACAACCCGCCACCGCCGUCUCUUAUGUCCACUACCCAGAGCCGCCCACCAUGGAUGAACUCGGGACCCUCAGAGAAUCGUCCAUACCAUGGAAUGCAUGGCGGAGGACCUGGUGGGCCUGGCGGUGGACCUCACAACUUUCCCCAUCCGCUGCCCAGCCUGACAGGUGGGCAUGGCGGUCAUCCUAUGCAGCACAACCCUAAUGGGCCUCCACCCCCCUGGAUGCAGCCACCACCACCACCGAUGAACCAGGGGCCCCACCCACCUGGGCACCAUGGCCCUCCUCCAAUGGGUAAAUCAGUACCUGGGAAGUACGCCUGUGGGCUCUGGGGUCUAUCGCCUACAUCAAGGAAAAGGUAUGAUGCCGCCUCCGCCUAUGGGCAUGAUGCCGCCGCCGCCGCCUCCCAGUGGGCAGCCCCCACCCCCUCCCUCUGGCCCUCUUCCCCCAUGGCAGCAGCAGCAGCAGCAGCCUCCGCCUCCCCCGCCGCCCAGCAGCAGUAUGGCUUCCAGUACCCCCUUGCCAUGGCAGCAAAGAUCCGUCCCCGCGGCGGUGGCCCGCGCCAUGCGAGUGAGGACUUUCCGCGCCCAUUGGUGACCCUUCCGGGGAGACAGCCUCAGCAGCGCCCCUGGUGGACAGGAUGGUUCGGCAAGGCAGCCUGACUUAUUUUUGUGGACGGAAUCGGAACACGCUGGCUCCAUAUCGUGAAUUUUUUAUUAUUUUUUUUUCUUCCUUUUCCUUUGUAUUUCCUUUUCUCUUCCUUUCCUCAGACUCCGUCCAAGGAGAUGCUGUCCCCGGUCUUCCGCUGCAGUUAGGCCCCCUUUCCUUCUUCCCAGGCCUAGAUUGUUGGCUUUCUGCAGCAGAGGGAGCAAAUGGAGAUUUCCCCCAUGGUGGGCUGGGUAGAAAGGGCAUCAGGGGCCUUCCGUCUUGGCUUGGGAGUUUUAGAGAGAGAGAGCCUGAAGAAGUUGUGUCCAGCCCCUCACAAAUCCCCUUGUGGGGCAGUGGCAGGGUUUCCGCCUCCUGCCUGCUUUCAGAUCCCAUUCGCUCCUCCUGCUGACAGAAUGUCUUUCUUCAAUUUAUUUUAGUCCCAAAUGUCCGAAUGUUUUGUGGUGGGGGGAGAGGGUACCCCUCUGCUCCCUCCCUCCCCCCUUCCCUCUUCAUGGAGUGAUUAUGUGGACAAUGAUGUGUAAAGCGCUCUCUCCUCCUCACCGCUUUCUCUGCAGAAAUUUCUUUUGGCCUAUUUGGUGUACAGUAAAACACUGCAUUAAAAGGGGAUGUUCCAUUGAGUAAAACAGCA